UUCAAACCUGCAACCUUGGGGUCCAAAGACAGCAGCUUGAACCACUACAUUGUCAACUGUCCCCUAAAUAGUUUUGCAAGUAAAUGUAGCUGACACUUUGAAACUACAGCUUUCCUAAUAAAUUGAAAUGAUGAUUUAAAUAGAUGCCUGGAUAAACUUACGAUACUUAUGAUAAACUUAUGAUACAAAGAUGGAAGAUGAUUAAUUUUUAGACCAUACUUCAGGAAGUAAUCAUGUGUUGUCUUAAAAUGAAUUGCUUAUCUUUUAAUGCCAGUUGCACAUACUUAUACAGUUAACCACCUCGUAACACGACCGAUUCGCAAUGUGGAACGGAGUGGAAACCGCCCCGUUACUGUCAAAGCCCUGCAGACCCCCGAGGAGCAGAUUAAUUGCACUUGGAAAGCCAUGGUUACAUUUUAACCAAUCACACACUUCCAAUAUCCUCGAUGACUCCCAAUCGCGUGUCGCGUUCGAGCCAAUGGGAGGGACACGUCGUACGUAUUUUCGCUCCGUGGUACGUGCGUCACGUGAAAGGUUACGAGUAUGGUGGAAGUUUCUGCUCAGGACUUUUCCGAUGUGGUGAUCAAAACAUUGAAGACUAGUGUUCAUAGGACAGUUGAUAUAUAACUUAUUAUAGCUGCUUGCGAAGACGGUAAGAGGUUAUGGCCUGCAGUGUUGUGAAACCAGGCUCUGUCAACAACUGCAACAUGAAGGCACAGCUUCAGAUCACUGUACUCUCUGCCAAGCUGAAGGAGAACAAGAAGAAUUGGUUUGGUCCCAGUCCUUAUGUGGAAGUUGCUGUUGAUGGCCAGUCCAAAAAGACAGAGAAGUGCAACAACACACACAGUCCUAAGUGGAAACAACCCCUCACAGUAAUUGUUACACCAUUCAGUAAGUUGAUCUUCCGCGUGUGGAGCCAUCAUACUUUAAAGUCUGACAUAUUGUUAGGAUCCGCUACGUUAGAGGUCAGCGAAACCCUAAAAUCUAAUGAUAUGAAAAUCUCAGAAGUUGUGCAGACGUUGCAGCUCAGCACUGAUGGAGACCAAGCAGAGGUGAUUGGAGACUUGUCCGUCUGUCUUGAUGGGAUGCAGGUUGACCCGGAGAUGUUUGCCUCUGCUGAAGUGAACAGCUGCAGUGCAAUUCCAAAUGGGGAUGCAGGACAGAAUGGGGAUUUUAUGAGCAGGACAAGCAGAGAUGCCUCACCCUCCAUUGAUGGUGUGGAGGACAAAACCACACCCAAUGGGCGCCCAGUAAAUGGGACAGCAUCCCCCUUGUUAUCAGCAGGAACUUCUAGGCCGCUACGCCCCCCUAGACCCUCCCGUCCACCACCUCCUACACCGCGGCGACCAGCAUCCUCACCAGCCUCUUCCAGCAGGUCUGGGCCCAGUGAAUGCAAUGACAACCCCAGUUUGGAGGCCUCAGGUUGUGUCUCCACAGUUGGGAGUUCGGAGUCCAGCACCAAUUCUACCACUCAGGAGCUUGCGCCAGUGGGACCCAGACAGGCCCUUCCCAGAAUCCCUACUGUGAGCACAGGUCCUCUUCCCCCAGGAUGGGAGCAGCGUGUGGACCAGAACGGUCGUGUUUAUUUCGUGGAUCACGUAGAGAAGAGGACAACCUGGGAGAGGCCUGAACCACUGCCUCCUGGCUGGGAGCGGCGUGUUGACCCUUUGGGUAGGAUCUAUUUUGUAGACCACAUUACCAGGACUACCACUUGGCAGCGACCUACCAUGGAGACCAUGAGAAACUACGAGCAGUGGCAGCAUCAGCGCAGCCAGCUGCAGGGAGCUAUGCAUCAGUUCAACCAGCGGUUCAUAUUUGGGCUCCAGGAUCAGGUCCAGGCCACACAGAACAAAGAGUAUGAUCCCCUUGGACCACUGCCACAUGGAUGGGAAAAGAGGACCGAUAGCAAUGGCAGAGUUUACUUUGUACACCACCCAACACGGUCUACUCAGUGGGAGGAUCCACGGACCCAGGGGCUGUUGAAUGAGAAGCCUCUUCCAGAAGGCUGGGAGAUGAGGUUUACAGUGGAUGGGAUUCCCUACUUUGUGGAUCACAACAGGCGAACCACCACGUACAUUGAUCCUCGAACAGGAAAAUCGUCUCUGGAAAAUGGGCCACAGAUCACCUAUGUGAGGGACUUCAAAGCCAAAGUCCAGUACUUCAGAUUCUGGUGUCAGCAAUUGUCCAUGCCUCAGCACAUAAAGAUCACAGUGUCCCGCAAGACAUUAUUUGAGGAUUCUUUCCAGCAGAUUAUGAGCUUCAAUGCACAAGAUCUUCGCCGUCGAUUAUGGAUAAUUUUUCCUGGAGAGGAAGGCUUAGACUAUGGAGGAGUGGCAAGGGAAUGGUUCUUCCUUGUCUCCCAUGAAGUCCUUAACCCUAUGUACUGCCUCUUUGAAUAUGCCGGAAAGGACAACUAUUGCUUGCAGAUCAACCCAGCAUCCUACAUUAACCCUGACCACCUGAAGUACUUCAGGUUCAUUGGGCGGUUCAUUGCCAUGGCAUUGUUCCAUGGGAAAUUUAUUGACACAGGCUUCUCCUUGCCAUUUUAUAAACGCAUUCUCAACAAGCCUUUGGGUUUGAAAGACCUGGAAUCCAUUGAUCCUGAAUUUUAUAACUCCCUCAUCUGGAUUAAGGAGAACAACAUUGAAGAGUGUGGACUUGAAAUGUACUUCUCAGUGGAUAAAGAAAUCCUGGGGGAAAUCACAACACAUGAGCUCAAGCCUGAUGGAAGCAACAUUGUUGUCACAGAGGAUAAUAAAGAGGAAUACAUCAGGCUUGUAUCAGAGUGGAGGUUAUCCAGAGGUGUGGAGGAACAGACUCAGGCUUUCUUUGAGGGCUUCAAUGAGGUUCUGCCACAGCAGUACUUGCAAUACUUUGAUGCGAAGGAGCUUGAGGUCCUACUGUGUGGGAUGCAGGAGAUUGACCUUGCAGACUGGCAGAGGAAUACCAUCUAUCGGCACUACGCUCGCAACAGCAAACAGAUAAUGUGGUUCUGGCAGCUGGUGAAGGAGAUGGACAAUGAGAAGCGCAUGCGUCUGCUGCAGUUUGUGACAGGCACCUGUCGUCUUCCAGUUGGGGGCUUUGCUGACCUAAUGGGGAGCAAUGGGCCCCAGAAAUUUUGCAUUGAGAAAGUUGGGAAAGAGAACUGGUUGCCCAGGAGUCACACCUGCUUUAAUCGACUGGAUUUGCCACCUUACAAAAGUUACGAGCAGUUGAAAGAGAAGUUGCUGUUUGCGAUAGAGGAAACGGAAGGUUUUGGACAGGAAUAAGCUACAGAAGCCAUUCCACUUUGCAUCACCCAGCAGUUUGAC